GGUGUGCAGUCAGGGACAUGUGAGGAGGUGGCUCCUCUCUUAUAAGGAUGGGAAAGGAACAGUCACUCCCACAGACACAUUGUUACAGAAGACUUCAGGGGGGUUCUCUCUCAUUACACAGAGGUGACACCUGUAACUAUCUGCACUACUCAAGAGGAGCCUAAAAAAUCCCAACUGUAGAGAAGGACAUGGAGGAGAAGGGCUCGCAAUCUCUGGAGUAUUUUGUGAAGAGGGAGGUUCUGGAUGAGUUAUGCCUGGAUGAAGUGGCUCAAAAAGGGACUUGGUCCACUAAACCAACACUGGGCGAUCAGGUGAAAGAUUCCCUAAGAUGUUCGGUGCCCAGGCUGAAACACAUACUUCUAACCUGGAUCCCUGUUCUCAGCUGGUUGCCUCGUUACUCCAUCAGAGAAAAUGCCUUAGGAGACCUGAUUUCUGGCUGCAGUGUCGGCAUCAUGCAUCUGCCGCAGGGCAUGGCAUAUGCUCUUCUGGCUUCCUUGAGACCAGUGUAUGGCCUAUACACCUCCCUCUUCCCUGUGCUGGUCUACUUCAUCUUUGGUACAUCCAGACACAUUUCUAUAGGCACAUUUGCUGUGAUCAGCAUCAUGGUUGGGAGUGUGACCGAAAGGCUGGCUCCUGACAGUAACUUUAUUGUGAAUGGCACUAAUGGGACGGAAACUGUGGACAUCGAUACACGCGAUGCUUACAGAGUACAGGUCGCAUGUGCCCUCACAGUCUUGGCGGGACUCUUUCAGAUCCUGUUGGGUGUGGUGAGGUUUGGCUUCGUGGUCACCUACCUCUCUGAGCCCCUCAUCCGCGGCUACACCACAGGAUCGGCGUGCCAUGUGUGCGUCUCCCAGCUCAAGUACCUGUUUGGAGUCUCACCGUCUCGCUUCACUGGCCCUCUCUCCCUCGUUUACACUGUGUUGGAGAUUUGCAGCCUGCUGCCGCAGACUCAGGUGCCAGAGCUGGUGGUCAGCCUGGUGGCACUCGCUGUUCUCAUUGUGGUCAAAGAAAUCAAUGACUGCUACCGACAGAAGCUGCCGCUGCCUAUUCCAAUAGAGCUCAUAGUUGUCAUAGCAGCAACAGUCAUUACACACUUCUGUGACCUUCCUAGUAAAUACAACAUUGAUGUGGUUGGAGAAAUUCCCAGUGGGCUCAAGGCCCCUAGUGCUCCAGAUACCACUUUUUUCUCAAGCGUUAUAGGAGAUGCUUUUGCUGUGGCCAUUGUGGGCUUUGCCAUCAACAUUUCUCUGGGCAAAACAUUUGGCCUCAAAUAUGGCUACAAGGUGGACAGCAACCAGGAGCUCGUCGCUGUGGGUCUCAGUAACACUAUUGGUGGAUUUUUUCACUGUUACUGUGUGACUUCCUCAUUGUCACGGAGCCUCGUCCAGGAGAGCACAGGGGGCAAGACACAAGUUGCGGGGGUGAUUUCCUCCAUCAUUGUGCUGAUCACAGUUUUGAAAAUAGGUCCUCUCUUUGAAGAUCUCCCCAAGGCCGUCUUAUCCACAAUCGUGUUUGUGAAUUUGAAAGGAAUGUUUAAACAGUUCAUGGACGUCCCUUUGCUGUGGAAGACCAACAAGGUUGACUUGCUGGUGUGGCUCGUAACAUUCAUAAGCACCGUCGUGCUCAACUUGGACAUGGGCCUGGCUGUCGCUAUUGCAUUUUCCAUGCUUACUUUCAUCUUCAGAACACAACUACCACGCUACUCAAUCUUGGGCAACUUACCAGGCACUGAACUUUAUCUGGACACAGACACCUACAAGGAGGUAAAAGAGAUUCCAGGAAUUAAAAUCUUCCGUUCAUCUGCAACUAUCUACUACACAAAUGCCGAGAUGUUCUUGGACACCCUGCAGGAGAAGAGUGGAAUCGAGAUUGGGAAGCUGCUAUCAGCAAAGAAGAAACGAGAUGCAAAGCAGAAGCGUAAACAAGAGAAAGAGAAAAAGAAAACCAAGAAGGAGGCAAAAAAACAAGAGUCCCAGAUGAACAUAGAAAACAUCUCUGAAAGAACAAAAGGAGAGAGAAACGGGACUAGUGUGGCCUUCAGCAUGACAGAAACAGCUACAGAUGGCCUUCAUAAAGGCCAAGUGAACUUGGCUUACCAACCAGACAUAACCAUGUCAGAUUCAGACUCAGAUGCAGGUUAUGACCACAUCACAGAGUUUUCUGGGCACGGCGAUGAAGCGAAAGAACAGGCCUGCGAUUCGGGCACACACAGCAUCAUCUUGGACAUUUCCACAACCAGCUUUGUGGACACAGUCACUGUGAAGACACUGAAAAAUGUAUAUGUGUGCCUGCUGAGAUGUAACUUUUUUCUAAAGGAUGUAAAAGAGAAAACUAAAGUGAGAUUUGUCCUUUUCUCCCAGAUUUUCAGGGACUUUGGACAAGUUGAUUUGGACAUCUGCUUAGCAGGCUGCCAAGCUUGUGUCGUGGAACAGCUGGAAGCGGCGGAUUUCUUUUCAGCAUCCAUCCCAAAGACCCGGCUGUUUAUCACCGUCCACGAUGCGGUGCUUUAUAUUCUCAAGAAACGGGGGAAGGCGGAUUUUGUGCUUGAUGUGUCCCGCAACACCCAGAUGUGACCAGCAGGGGUCAGAUUCACUCAAAUUUAGCCAUCUUCCUCCUCCUCUUUUCAGGGUGCUUUCUGUUUCAUCACUCACCAUCGUCUCCUCCCCUUUCAGUAAAGGGAGAGUGCACCACCUUGACAUGGCGCCCAGUUGCCAUGGAAACAUAGGGAGCGGUUGCUGUGGCAACAGGCUUUUUAUCAUAUCCUCUAAUGAGAUAGACAGCAAGACGUCACUGCAGCUCUCUCACACUGUGGUGCAUGCAAGGGACAGGGAAGGGGCGGGGGUUUAGUGGGAGAAUGUAACAGCGGGCUAAUAGGAGUCUGUAUUUAUAGCCAGUGUGAGACAGCAGAGUGUGAGAAAGAAAGGUUGACCCCAGAGGGACACUCAUAUGUGAGGCGUGCAUCUACCAGUUUGUAUUUUAAAAAGACAACAAAAGCCAAAAGUCUCCCACACAUAAUCAAUAAAAUCUAAACAGUGUUACUGUUUGGCUGUGCCCCCCCCUCCCUAAGCCUUAAUUCUUACAGUACCCCUUCCCAAAGCCCACAGUAAUGAGCUGAAUGGCAUGCAGUGUAAUCGCUGAUACAUUUUAGAGUAACAAAAUGUGUGUCUAUUUAUAGUCAUUAUUUACAUGUGUGGUUCCUCUGACAUCUUGAGCUCCCUUCUAUUUUUGGGCUUGGGUGUCAUCUGCUAUUGCUCCUAUCAGAAGCUAAACAGUGCGCCUGUUUAGAAGCUAAACGAGAAUAUGAUUUGCUGUCUGUGUACUGAUAACUGCCUGCUUUUUUUCCUCAUCUUUUACCUUUUAACUUUCAAAAAUCCAUCAAGGGACUUUAUUUGAUAGUGCACAAAUGUUAAGACAGCGUACAAUGUGUAUUUAUGUGUAAACUUUAAAACAGAUAUGUUUAAGAUGACUCUUAAUGAGGUGCUAACAAAAUAAAUGAUGAGCCUGCAGGAACACUGAUAAAAGGUCUAUGAGCUAUUUUUUUACUACUUGGAUGUUAACCAGCGGUAAGUGUUCAGGACUGCAGUAAAGCUGUUUCUACUUAUAUUCACUGAUUUGAACUUUAAUUUCGAGCUUUAAAAAGUUGAAAACAGUCAACUGUUGAACAUCUAUGGAGUUUGUUUUUGUUUUGAUACACAAGUAAAGUUAUAAAAUAUUUAAUGUCUGCUCCAGAAUGCUUUCUGUACAUAUCCAGCGUAUCUUAUUUGAAUAAAAAUGAAUGAGUAUGUAAAUAAAGACCCAUAAAAAACA